GUGUUUAUAUCCGGCGGGGCUUCGCCGCUGCCCUGGGGUCGCCGGGCCGGGGUCGGGGACGUCCGCGCCAUGGAUACCUGCGACCUGUUCUCCAGCUGCAGGAAGGGGGACGUGGGCCGAGUGCGGUGAGGAGCCGUGGCCCCGAGGAGGGUGUCUCCUCUCCAGACCCCAAACCCAUCCUGACCUAGGCCCUGACCUCCCCUGCCCAGGUACCUGCUGGAGCAGCGAGACGUGGAGGUACUAUGCCUGCCUCUGUGGACACGAAGAGCUGGUGCUCUACCUGCUAGCCAACGGAGCCCGCUGCGAGGCCAACACCUUCGAUGGGGAGCGCUGUCUCUACGGGGCCCAGAGCGAGGCCAUCCGCCGGGCCCUGCGUGACUACAAGCAGGUGACGGCCUCCUACCGGCGGCGGGACUACUACUAUAGCUGCCUGCUGCGCCUCCUGGAGCAGGGCAUCCACAGCGACGUGGUCUUCCUAGUGCACGGCAAGUCCUUCCGGGCACAUCGCUGCAUCCUGGGUGCUCGCAGCACCUACUUCGCACACAUGCUCGACACCAAAUGGAAGGGCAAGAGUGUCGUGGUCCUCAGGCACCCUCUGAUCAACCCCGUGGCCUUUGGGGCCCUCCUGCAGUACCUGUACACAGAACUCGGGUGGUGGGCCGAGGCACGGCCGCGGGGCAGCCGGGGGCCCCCUCAGGCUCUGAGCCUCCGCCCAGCCCUGCACCCGUACCCAGGCUGCCUGGACGUGGGUGUGGAGCAUGUCGGCGACUGCGAGCGUCUGGCCAGGCAGUGCCAGCUGUGGGGCCUGCUCGGCGACCUGGAGGCCCAGUGUGAGUUGGCUUCCAAGCCAGGCACGUGUGUGAAGGUGCUGACCAUUGAGCCCCCCCAGGUAGACCCCCGGCUGCGGGAGGACCUGGCCCUGCUGGCCGACUGUGCCCUGCCCCCCGAGCUCCGGGGUGAUCUUGGCGAGCUGCCCUUCCCCUGCGACGGCUUCAGCAGCUGUCCUGAUGUCUGCUUCCGAGUGGACGGUCACAGCUUCCUCUGUCACAAGGCCUUCUUCUGUGGCCACAGCGAUUACUUCCGGGCCCUGCUGGAUGACCACUUCCGCGAGAACGAGGAGCUGGAGGCGUCAGGCGGCCUCCUGGCCAUCACCCUGCACGACGUCUCGCCCGCCGUCUUCACCCAUGUGCUGUACUACGUCUACAGUGACCACACCGAGCUGCCUCCCGAGUUGGCCUACGACGUGCUGAGUGUGGCUGACAUGUACCUGUUGCCGGGCCUGAAGCAGCUGUGUGGCCGUGGCCUGGCCCAGCUGCUGGACGAGGACAGCGUGGUGGGCGUGUGGCGCGUGGCCAAGCUGUUUGGCCUGGCGCGCCUGGAGGACCAGUGCACGAAGUACAUGGCCAAGGUCAUCGAGAAGCUGCUGGAGCGGGAGGACUUCGUGGAGGCGGUGAAGGAGGAGGCCGCGGCCGUGACGGCCCGGCAGGAGACGGACUCCAUCCCGCUGGUGGACGACAUCCGCUUCCACUUGGGCAGCACCGCGCAGACGUGCAGCGCCAUGGAGCAGGCAGAGCGGCAGCUGCGGGCGCUGGAGGACCUGCUGGCGUCUGUCGGCCUGGACUGCUGAGGGCUGCGCGCCAUGUGGUCUGUGAGCUCGGGGCGUCACCGCGCCGGUAGGCGCUCGGCGGGGCUCCCCUCCUCUUUGUGCCUGGGGACCCCGGGGAGGGGCACCUGGGGAUGAGGCCUCUCCCGCAGCACAAACCAGCCCCAAGACCCUGGGGGCUGGGCACCACUCAGGGAAACCUGGCGGGCCGUUUCUUAGGGCCUCCCUCCCACGUCCCACCUGCUCCUGGCCCCUCCUCGCAUGCUUUCCUGGGCGGAGGCGGCAAUAAAGCUUGAAUUCACCGUGGGAGCCUGUGUACCAGGGACAGGGUCGGGGGAGCUCGGGUCAGGGCCCCGCGUCUGUGGGUCUGAGUAGGCAGCCCCUCUGAUGACCAGACUCCCCUGGGGGACAGGGUUUCCCCUUGGCCCUGGGAGGUGCCGUGGGGCGAGAGGUGUUUGCCCUCAGGUGAGCUAAGGCAGGGCUUCUGAGCUCGCUUACUGAGCAGCUGCUCAUACGGCUCGCCGUGGGGCCUCAGCCCAGCCUGCACCUUGGGGCGCAGGGCCCCAGCUAAGCAGACCUGGCCUGGCUCCCUGCACCCGCCUCAGCCACUGGCUGUGGUGCGUAUCAGUCCAGGGGGGUGCUGAGGAUGGAAGCCACUGUUUUACCCUCAGCCCAGGGCCUCCUCGAAGUGAACACUGUUGAAUCAAAUAUUUCCAUACAUUUUACUAGGAAAUAUUAUAUGCAUUCUAUUCCAUCACAAGAUCCCAUUGGGAAAAACAGAUCAACCGUUAACAGAGUAAGCAAAAACAGAAAAGAAAAACGGCUUGUACGUGAAGUGGAGUGUAAGGGCGAAGAGGGCCUGCCGGCGGGGCAGCGGCCACAAGCCGACCGACCGUGCCGUGCCGAGUCCCGGGGGACUGGAGCAAAAGACAACCAGGAAUCCUGCUUUGAAAGUUCAUCAUUAAUUUUGAUUUAAAAGUAAAGUAUUACAUUAAACUAUUGCUUAUUUUUAAUGA